AGAAUAAAAUAAACAAAAUUAUAAAGAAAUCUAUAAAAUAAAAUAAAGCAAAUUCAAAACAGUUUUUAUAGUGAUAAAUUAUUGUUAUUAAGACAGCAAAUAAAAGUAUUUAAGCCUACAAAAUGGGUGAUGAUAUAUUUACUAAAAAGGGAUGGGUUGGAAAACUUUUAUUGAUUAUAAUGUUUAUACUAAUGUCAUGCCGUCAAACGUUACAAGCUAAAUCUAUAAAUGACUUUCAACAGCUUGAAGCUAACACUGUGAAUAAAUCAAUUCAGGAACUUUCAGCCGGUGGCAUGGAUCCGAUUUCGAAGCUACGUGCUCUUUGCAUUUCUCGUGGUGCCAAUGGCAUCAUUGGUUUGGGCAGAAUUUUCCGUAAUAUGGAUGAUGACGGCAGUAAAGCGCUAAAUGAGUAUGAAUUCACAAAAGGAAUUAAAGAAAUGGGCUUGGAAUUGAAUAAUGAAGAGAUUAAGGAAAUGUUUCGUAGCUUCGAUGAAGACGGCAGUGGUUCAGUAAAUAUGACAGAAUUUCUGCUUAAAUUAAGACCCCCCAUGUCUAAAGCUCGUUUAGAUAUAAUUGAUAAAGCCUUUACCAAAAUGGAUAAAACGGGUGAUGGUGUCAUAACCCUGGAAGAUUUAAAAAAUGUUUACACGGCUCGUGAACAUCCCAAAUUCAAGAGUGGUGAAAAGACUGAAGAUGAAAUUUUAACUGACUUUUUGCAUAAUUUUGAAGGUGGUCGUGGUAACUUGGAUGGCAAGGUAACCAAAGAAGAAUUUGUUAAUUAUUAUGCCACAAUUAGUGCCUCCAUAGAUAAUGACGAAUAUUUCCAAUUAAUGAUGACAAGAGCUUUUGCUAUGGAAUAAUACGAUGUUGUAGUAUAAGAGCAUUUUGGUUUUACGAAUUCUUUUUGCACGUCUUUCCUUUACACAUUUAUUUUCAUUUGUAAAACAUUUAUAUGUAUUUUUUUUUUUGCAAUUUAAUUAAGAUCAAAUAUUAAAAGUAUUAUAUAAACAAAUGUAUGUUUAAAGCAA